AUCUUCAACAGAAUAGAUUUUGCUGGCCGAAGUAGCUUAGCCAAUAAGAAAACGGCAUUCGUAAUAGAACGUUAGAAGAUUUAUACUACAUGUAAUAUGAAGUAAAAGAAAUAGUGACAAUUUUAAUUGUUCCUUCUUUCUCGAUGAAAUCACCUCGAUAAUCAAUAGAGUGAAACGCGAGAGAACCUUUUUGAUUUGUGAUUGGCAGGUGCCAUUUAAAGAGUACGUCAUGACCCCCUCGUGGUUCAAGACGCAUGCAUCUUACAUCAAUAGGAAUCAUAGCAUCACCAAUGACCAGAUAACAUUCAGCGCAGGCCCAAUAAUGAAUGCAGCCCUUUUAAAAGUUCCUUUGGUGGCCGCUGGCGUCCUUGAAGAUGGAGCUGUGCUGACCGUUAAGAUAACAGUGGCUAAUGACGUCAGCAUCGGAAAAAAGAAAGACGGUACCAGCUUCAUCGGAUUCGAAACGGUAGACAAGUUAAAUUAUUACCAGUUGUCUCCUUGCUUUGCAGCGGAGGGCAAGUCUGGAGAAACUCUGACAGAAGUACAAAGGCUUGAUAGGUUUAUUCCUCUCCCAAAUGAAAACUUUUAUCCUGAUCAGUUUGUCUUCACUCUUAAGCUGGAUCAGUCAAGGGGCUCAUGUUUCACUCCGCAUCGCGGAGGCUUCAUUAAGACGGCUGAAUACACGAAAAGACUGCUGCUCAGUCAUGGUCUUACUCUGGAGGUUUAUAAAACUGACAGGAGAGAGCUUGUUGGUAUCAAGUACAUUAGUAUCACUGUUACGAUUAACGAUGGUUAGAAACAAGCUGUCGGUUUUACUUUCGUGUAUUUCCUUUUAUCUUUAUAUUAUGGACUGGCAAUUAACUGUGAUAAAUCGAGGGCUAUGUACGUUGGGAACAGAGUAGCAUAGCCUGUAAGAGUUGGGGAGCACAACUUAGAGUUUGUGGACACUUUCUACUAUCUUAGAAGCACCAUUUGUUAUGAUGGAGGCGCCAGUAGUGACAUCAGCAAUAGGCACAGCAAGGCAAGAACAACCUUUGCGAGGCUGAAGCAGGUCUGGAAACAGUAGCUUUGAUGAUGCCGAUGAUGCAAAACUGAUCACUUGCAGCUGAAAAAAUAUGUCCAAAAGGUGUUCUCAUCCUGUAACCAAAGCACAGUAUAUUGAUCAUAGUAAAGAGAAAAUGCAUGAUAACAAGAAGGAUUAAGAACUAUAGUACUUCGUAGUUUUU